GUCAGCUUUGGCGCAUUUUUCAUGCAUGUAAAUAAUCGGAAGAUGUCCUCAAACCGUUGUUUAGCGUCAUGGUGGGUGUUAAGGGUCUUGUUGCCUUCUAUGUAUAAGUCAUCCUCGCCCUUCGAAGAUAAGGGCAAGGUGGGCCAUUGACGAAGCCUUUGAGGUCAUAUCAUCAUCAGCAAAAGGUGAUCCAUGCCUUAAACAAUAUAAGACCCAAUGUCAGUCAACAGACGGCCAUAACUCUUGUUGGAUUCAUUGAUUCAUCCUCGUCGUAGUGUCUGUACUACACUGACGAUAUAGCAAUGAGGCUCCACGACCUUGUUAUUGUAAUUGCCAUCAAGGGCAUCAUUUCUUGUGGUGGUCUUACUUUGAAACCUGGUGGUUCACAUGGAUGGUCGGGCCAUUGGAUUCGUGGUGGCCCAAGGGCUGCGUGGUUCAAUCUCGACGAAUCUUUGGUUCCCCAAAAGGCUGAUGAAGUCUUCGAAAUCAAGUCAGUUAGUGUGGAAGUGGAAGAUUCAUCUGAUCCGGUCCCAUCCACCCCAAAUGAUGACUCCUCAGUACCUACUAUGACGGACUUAACAACAACCCCAACAACAACCCCUACUUCCACUACUACCACCACGACAACAACCGCUGCUUCUACUAUUACUACCACCACAACAACAAUCACAACAAAUCCCAUUUCAACCACAGAUUCAACUCAGACCACAAUGGUUCCUACAAACAAUCCAACAGAAACAACGAUCACUACUGCAACCCCCGCCCCCACCACUACCACCGUUACUACUUCUAUCACAACCACCGAUGUGGUGGAAACGAGCACGGAUCCUGUUGAGACCACGACCUCUUCAGACACGACGGAGGACACCUCUACCUCUUCUGUUGACCCAUCUACAACCCAAUCUUCAGAAACGACCACUAACCAGUUUAGCUCCCCUGAGACCACCGUAACUAUCCAAUCUACUGAUGGCACCGAUUCAACCCAUUCAACCCAGUCUACGGAACCUUCGACGACAGAGAACCAGGAAUCCUCAACGACUGAAACUGACGAGUCAACGACCUUGUUGAAUUCAUCAGUUUUGACUUGCCGAAUACAGCAUUUAGUUUUGGUGGGAGUUGUAGUCUUGACAUUUGGAGGCUUUUUCUGUUAACAUCGGGAAUUUUCUAGCUAUCAUUAUGUACCUAACGCUAAAAUUGGAAUACAACUCUAUACCGAUCACAGAUCGAGAUCCGCUUA